AUGGGAGGAAAUCACACGCAGACUAAAUUCAUCCUGUUGGGAAUCACAGACAGCCCCCGUGCGCAGACCCCUCUUUUUGUCUUGUUUCUGUUGAUUUACAUUGUCACUCUGGUGGGGAACGUUGGCAUUAUCACAUUGGUUCGGGUGUCUCCCAGCCUCCACACCCCCAUGUACUUCUUCCUCACCCAUUUUGCCUUCACUGACAUCUGCUAUUCCACAGUCAUCUCCCCCAGGAUGCUGGCAGACCUCUUAUCAGAGGACAAAACCAUUUCUUUCACUGCCUGCAUGAUGCAGUUCUUCACCUUUGCUUUCUUUGCUACUGUUGAGUGUCACCUGCUGGCCAUGAUGGCCUACGACCGGCACGUUGCCAUCUGCCAGCCCCUGCUCUAUGUGACCAUCAUCUCCAGCCGUGUCUGCUGGCAGCUGGUAGCAUCAUCCUACCUAUUCGCCUUCCUCAGUGUCAUCAUCUGCACAUGGAGUGUGUUUGGAGGCUCCUUCUGUGGUCCCAACCACAUUGACCACUUCUUCUGUGAUAAAGUUCCUGUUCUAAAGCUCAUGUGCUCUGACACCCACAGCAGUGAGACUCUGCUGAAGAGAAAUCACACGCAGACUAAAUUCAUCCUGUUGGGAAUCACAGAGAGCCCCCGUGCGCAGACCCCUCUUUUUGUCUUGUUUCUAUUGAUUUACAUUGUCACUCUGAUGGGGAACGUUGGCAUUAUCACAUUGGUUCGGGUGUCUCCCAGCCUCCACACCCCCAUGUACUUCUUCCUCACCCAUUUUGCCUUCAUUGACAUCUGCUAUUCCACAGUCAUCUCCCCCAGGAUGCUGGCAGACCUCUUAUCAGAGGACAAAACCAUUUCUUUCACUGCCUGCAUGAUGCAGUUCUUCACCUUUGCUUUCUUUGCUACUGUUGAGUGUCACCUACUGGCCAUGAUGGCCUACGACCGGCACGUUGCCAUCUCCCAGCCCCUGCUCUAUGUGACCAUCAUCUCCAGCCGUGUCUGCUGGCAGCUGGUAGCAUCAUCCUACCUAUUCGCCUUCCUCAGUGCCAUCAUCUAUACAUGGUGUGUGUUUGGAGGUUCCUUCUGUGGUCCCAACCACAUUGACCACUUCUUCUGUGAUGUAUCCCCUGUGCUGCAGCUCGUGUGCUCUGACACCCACAGCAGUGAGAUGAUCAUCUUUGCCUUUGUCACCAUCAAUGUGGUGAGUGCAGUUGUUGUCAUUUUGCUCUCCUACAUCUCUAUCAUUCACACAGUGCUGAGGAUGUGCUCAGCACAGAGCAGGGCCAGAGCCUUCCACACCUGUGCCUCCCAUUUGAUGGCUGUGUCCUUGUUCUUCGGGACGGCAUUCUUCAUGUACCUACAACCCUCUUCUAGCCACAGGAGCCUGGAUAAGGUGGUCUCCAUCAUCUACACCGUGGUCACCCCCAUGCUCAACCCAUUCAUCUACAGCCUGAGGAACAAGGAGGUGAAGGGGGCUCUGAUCAACUGUGGGAGGAGAUUAUUCAACCAAAGGCAACAGAGACGAGUUCUGUCAUCCAGGACAUGA